GUAACAUGUACUUGUUAUAAGCAAUUCUAAGUGACCAUUACUUUCCCGUUCAUUCCCAUUCAUUGAAGCAUUUCAGUGUUGAGACGCAAAGGUAGUGUAAGUGUUGAGGCAGCGGUGGUAGUGGCCCCUUGACCUCGCAGCGAGGCAGGAAGGGGAGGCGAGGGACACCAGCAGUGACUGGCCUGAAGGCGCCUUGCGUCCCGCCUCCUCUGUGCGACCCUCUCCCUUGAUUGCCUUCAUGCAUCAAUCGCAGCAUGACUUGUGCUCCUCCUCUUCAGUCUCACUUAACUACCACCUUCAUAUUCUAGACACCGCUGAAUGUUGGCAAGCUUUACAUUUAUUAUUUUUGCUUCUUUUUAUUUUCUUAUUUGAUCUUGUUAUAUAUGUAAUGGUGUUUGUUCGUUUUAUUUUGUUGCAGCUGUUGUGCAUAUUUAACAUUCUCAGCGUUUGAAGUGUGUUCUGUUUUCAGUGUUGUUUUCCAUGUAUCCAUGUGUUCUUGCUUGGAGGAAUUUGACACGUUUUAUUUAUGACAUUUCGUGUUUUUGUUCAGUAUUUAUUCUUUCCUCUUUUGUUCAUGUGUAUGUUGUUAACUCAUGCAGUAAAUGAUUUCUGGUGGUUCUGUUUAUGAUGCUUCAUUUUUAGCUCUUUUUAGAAUAGUGAAGCUGCAUCACUUUUUUAUGUGGAUGUUUUGAUAUUUUCAGGAAAGGAUGGCAGGUGGUGCCGCGGUGAACACUCCCAACACAUGCAGGAGGAAAGAAAGGAUGGCAGGUGGUGCCGCGGUGAACACUCUCAACACAUGCAGGAGGAAAGAAAGGAUGGGAGGUGGUGCCGCGGUGAACACUCCCAACACAUGCAGGAGGAAAGAAAGGAUGGCAGGUGGUGCCGCGGUGAACACUCCCAACACAUGCAGGAGGAAAGAAAGGAUGGCAGGUGGUGCCGCGGUGAACACUCCCAACACAUGCAGGAGGAAAGAAAGGAUGGCAGGUGGUGCCGCGGUGAACACUCCCAACACAUGCAGGAGGAAAACCGCGACGAGUGUCAGGUGAACAAUGGCGGAUGCGAACACUCCUGCAAGAACACCGUGGGCUCCUUCAUGUGUUGCUGCAGCCCGGGGUACAGACUGAGGCGUGACGGCCGCACGUGUCAAGAUGUGAAUGAGUGUGAGUUUCACAACGGCGGAUGCUCUCACGAAUGUGCCAACACUGUGGGCUCCUACCGCUCUCUCUGUGGUCCCGGGAGCCGCCUGAUGCCCGACGGACGCACCUGUGUUGCUUCGCCCUCUUGUGCCACGAGACGCAGGCCUAACAUGGCGUGUCGUCUUGCAGGUGAGGCUUCGUGUGGCGUGAGGAAUGGCGGCUGUGACCACUACUGCGACGACACCGCGGGCAGGCCAAAGUGCUCCUGCCGGCCCGGGUACAUACUUGGCCAAGACGGACGGCGAUGCGAGGCGGCGGAUCCCUGCGUGGUGGAUAACGGUGGCUGUCAACACAUCUGCCUAUAAGAGCAGGGCCGUGCACGCUGCACAUGUCAAAGAGGGUUUACUUUGGCUAACGAC